AUGAUUCAAGAUCCAUUUGCUGAGGCAAAUGCUGAGGACUCAGGAGCUGGGGCAAAAGAGUAUGUUCAUGUUCGUGUUCAACAGCGGAAUGGAAGGAAAAGCCUAACAACUGUUCAAGGAUUAAAGAAAGAGUACAGCUAUAGCAAGAUACUCAAAGACCUGAAGAAAGAAUUCUGCUGUAAUGGUACUGUUGUCCAGGACCCUGAGUUGGGCCAGGUCAUACAACUUCAGGGAGAUCAAAGAAAGAAUGUUUCUACUUUCCUUGUGCAGGCUGGCAUAGUAAAGAAGGAGCAUAUCAAGAUUCAUGGUUUCUAAGGCCUAACCAACAGUGGCAAUUUAGCUUUCAUGUUAAAUAUACAGCCUGCUGACUACAUUUAAUAGCAUCAGAGCAGCAGCCUAUAAAUCU